GCCCGACCUUAAAGGGGAGGGAACAGAGUAGGGACAGGGGCCCUUUAAAACAAGGCGCGCUGGUGCCUGCCCCUUUAAGGGCGGGGCGUCCGGACGUCUGAAUCUGGACCUCAGAUUACCUCCCCCGAGUUUCCGUCGCAGGCUGCGAGGAAAGGCUCCUCGGCUGGGUCCGGGUGCUUGGCGGCGGCGGCUUUAUCCCCGCCGGUCCUCCCCGGGCCCGGAGACACCCCCGCCCCAGUCAUGCUGAGCAGAGUAUGGAAGCAGCUGACUACGAAGUGCUAUCCGUGCGAGAGCAGCUAUUCCACGAGAGGGUCCGCGAAUGUAUUAUCUCAACACUUCUGUUUGCGACACUCUACAUCCUCUGCCACAUCACCCUGACCCACUUCAAGAAGCCUGCUGAGUUCACUACAGUGCUCCCACACCCAGGACCAGAGACCUCCGUGACCGCUGGGACCCCAGGACCUGUGGAUGAUGAAGAUGCCACAGUCAACAAGAUUGCGCUCGAGCUCUGCACCUUUACCCUGGCAGUUGCCCUGGGUGCCGUACUGCUCCUGCCCUUCUCCAUCAUCAGCAAUGAGGUGUUGCUCUCACUGCCUCGGAACUACUACAUCCAGUGGCUCAACGGCUCCCUCAUCCAUGGCCUCUGGAACCUCGUUUUUCUCUUCUCCAACCUGUCCCUCAUCUUCCUCAUGCCCUUUGCAUACUUCUUCACUGAGUCUGAGGGCUUUGCUGGCUCCAGAAAGGGUGUCCUGGGCCGGGUCUACGAGACAGUGGUAAUGUUGAUGCUCCUUACUCUGCUGGUGCUGGGCAUGGUGUGGGUGGCAUCAGCCAUUGUGGACAACAACAAGACCAGCAGGGAGUCACUCUAUGACUUCUGGGAGUACUACCUCCCCUACCUCUACUCCUGCAUUUCCUUCCUUGGGGUCCUGCUGCUCCUGGUGUGUACUCCGCUAGGUCUCGCCCGCAUGUUCUCGGUUACUGGGAAGCUGCUGGUCAAGCCGCGGGUGCUGGAAGACCUGGAGGAGCAGCUGUACUGCUCAGCCUUUGAGGAAGCAGCUUUGACCCGCAGGAUUUGCAGUGAGUUGCAGUUCUUCCCAGGUGGGAUGAUAGGCAUGCAUUGGGCAAGGGCAGCACCAUCUUCUCUGCCCUCAGAUCCCACCUCCUGCUGGUUGCCUUUGGACAUGGAGCUGCUGCACAGACAGGUGCUGGCUCUGCAGACACAGAGGGUCCUACUGGAGAAGCGGUGGAAGGCUUCAGCCUGGCAGCGGAACCUGGGUUAUCCCCUGGCCAUGCUGUGCUUGCUGUUAUUGACGGGCCUGUCCGUGCUCAUUGUGGCCAUCCACAUCCUGGAGCUGCUCAUCGAUGAGGCUGCCAUGCCCCGGGGCAUGCAGGAUGCCUCCCUGGGCCAGGUCUCCUUCUCCAAGCUGGGCUCCUUUGGUGCUGUCAUUCAGGUUGUACUCAUCUUUUAUCUGAUGGUGUCCUCGAUCGUGGGAUUCUACAGUUCUCCACUCUUCCGGGGCCUGCGGCCCAGAUGGCAUGACACAGCCAUGACACAGAUAAUCGGGAACUGUGUCUGUCUCCUGGUCCUAAGCUCAGCACUUCCUGUCUUCUCUCGAACCCUAGGACUCACUCGCUUUGACCUGCUGGGUGAUUUUGGACGCUUCAAUUGGCUGGGCAAUUUUUACAUCGUGUUCCUCUACAAUGCAAUCUUUGCGGGCCUCACCACUCUCUGUCUGGUGAAGACCUUCACCGCAGCUGUUCGGGCAGAGCUGAUCCGGGCUUUUGGAUUGGACAGACUGCCAUUGCCUGUCUCUGGUUUCCCCAGGGCAUCUAGGAAGACCCAACACCAGUGACCUCUAGUUGGGGGUGAGAGGGAAAAAACUGGACACUGCCAUCUGCUACCCAGUCCUGAAGCGACACCAGGAGUGGGUGAUCCUUAAGACCUGGAAUCUGAGAGGGGUGGGUGGCAGAGGGGAGCUGAGCCAUCUGCACUGUUUGCAUAAUCUGAGCCAGAGUUUGGGACCAGGCCCCCUUGUUUUUCCAGAUUUAACUGUGGGCCUUAGCAUGGGGCGGGACUGGGUGACUUGGGUCUGGCUCCUGGUCCCAAAUCCAUUAACACAUCAAUCUGCCUCACUGCUAUUCCAGGCCAUGCCUGUAGCCAUGUUUACAUGAUUUGAUGUGCAAUAGGGUUGGGUGGGGACCGGGGAGGGACCGAGCAGGGGCAGAUGUGGGGGGCAGAUUGUCUCCCUUGCCUCUGGUCCAGAAGAACCUAAGCACUGUGUUAUCCUGGAGGGACUUUGGACCACCAGAGAGGUGAGGAUGUGGGAAAGAAAAGGCCACAACCAUCAGCAAUAAAGUUGAUCCCAAGGUUUGCUUUGGUUUUUUUAAAAGGC